AUGGGGGACUGGAGCCUGCUGGGCCGGCUGCUGGAGAAUGCCCAGGAGCACUCCACGGUGGUGGGCAAGGUCUGGCUCACCGUCCUCUUCGUCUUCCGCAUCCUGGUGCUGGGGGCAGCCGCGGAGCGGGUCUGGGGUGACGAGCUGUCUGGCUUCUCCUGUGACACGCAGCAGCCCGGCUGCCAAAAUGCCUGCUACGACAGCACCUUCCCCAUCUCCCACCUCCGCUUCUGGGUCCUGCAGAUCAUCUUUGUCUCCACCCCCAGCCUUGUGUACCUGGGCCACAUCCUGCACCUGGUGCAUCUGGAGGAGAAGGCGCAGCAGCGAGCGGCAGCACGGGCCAGGCGGCAGCGCCCCCGGCAGCCCCAGCUCCCUGCAGGGAACACGAGGGCACGGGUGUGCAUGCGGGGGGCCAUCCUGAGGACGUACGUCUGCAACAUCGUCUUCAAGGCUCUCCUGGAAGUGGGCUUCAUUGUGGGCCAGUACGCUUUGUAUGGCUUCCAGCUGAAGCCCCUCUACACCUGCAGCCACUGGCCUUGCCCCAACACUGUCAACUGCUACAUCUCCCGGCCCACUGAGAAGACCAUCUUCGUCCUCUUCAUGCUGGGGGUGGCCUGCGUGUCCCUGCUGCUCAACCUGGUGGAGAUCUACCACCUGGGUCUCACCAAGUGCCGGCGGGGGCCAGGCCCCAAGUCCCGCAUCCGAACCGCUCCUGGCGGGCCUGUGGGGCCUGGCAGCACCUACGUCACUCUGCCCAGGGGUGGCAGCCCCCUGGCUGCUGGCAGACCCCCCCGGGGCCUGGCACCACUGAAGAAGGCAGGUGCAUGGCUAGGGGUGGCUGGUGGGUCCCACAGGGACGUGCGGACGGCAGACCUGGCGGUGUGAGCUGGGAUGGUCAGGGAUGGGCAAUGCAUGGGGGUCACAGCGGUGGUUCUGUCUCCAGCCUCUGCCAGGCCCAAGGCAUGGACCCCAUGGCCAGCAUGAGAGCCGGGCACAGCCCUGGGGGCACCGCUCAGCUGUUCCUGGCAUCCUGGGAGCAGCAGGGCUGAGAGUAGAGCUUGGGAGGGGGAGAAAAUAAACACUUCCUGCGCCUCA